GCUCAGCGGCGGCUUUGCUGGAUGGGCAUCGCAGAAGGCUGAAGCCUGCGAGCGGAGCUAUGAGACGUUCCUGAACUCCACCAGCUGCGCCAAAGACGCCGCGUGCUGGAAGGAUGGAGAGAAGCCAUGCUCCUGUCUGAUGAAGAUGGACAUGGACGAGCUGCUGAAAGCGCAAAGCGCAAGCGGAUUCUUCGCGGCUCCGACUGUGGAUGGUGUGAAUCUGCCGUACGCUCCGACGGACGCCCUGAAGGCGAAGAAAGUGCAUAGGGACGUGCCGAUCAUCAUUGGCACAGCCAUCGAAGAUUCCUUCGUGGACAUCGGGGCAAACGCAGAGAUGGACGACUUCAAGCAGUGGCUGGCCACCGUGCUGCCAGAAGGGAAGGUUUCCGAGGUUUUCAACAAAUACAAGGAGAGUCUUUCAGAGCAGAACCUCUAUGACAAGGCCAACAAGUUCUCGCAUGAGGGAUGGUCCCCUGCAUAUUGGGCUGCUCGACGC